GAAGAGGGGUAGGAAGGAGGAGAGGAUACGGAGGCCGAUGAAUGCGUUCAUGGUGUGGGCCAAGGUUGAGAGAAAAAGGAUGGCGGAUGAGAAUCCAGAUCUUCAUAAUGCUGAUCUCUCAAAGAUGUUGGGUAAGAAAUGGAAGAGUUUGACCCCAAGCGAAAGAGCUCCAUGUGUUCAGGAGGCUGAGAGACUGAGACUUAAGCAUAUGCAGGAUUAUCCGAACUACAAAUACAGACCAAGGAGGAAGAAGAGGGACGGACAGAAGACCGCAACCAACGGAGCAAACAACAACAACAACAACGGGGAUAAGGAGUCGGAGAUGGAUAAACUUGAGAGUAAAAGUGAUUCAUUAUCCUACACAUCCAAUAUAUCUCCUCCUCUCUAUCAGUCAGAAACUCACCAAACCCUCGGGAGAAACUAUACAAUCCCAACCCCGGAGUCUUCUCCCUCUUCCUGCACCUCGGACGUGUUCCAUCCGUCCCUACAACUCGGAUCCGUGCCGAUGGGUUUGGAGGGGGUUCGAUACACCCUCCCUACCCCUGACGUAUCCCCCCUGGAUGGUCAGGUUAGACCCCUGGAGUAUCCGAACUAUCAUAUCAGUCCUCAAGAUAGAUUCAACUUCGAGUCCGCUCCACUCCCAGGAUUUAUGUCGGGUUGUAUUGGAAUGGAUCCGUAUGGAUCGCCGAGCUCCGGCUCCGGAUGGGGUAAAAUGGAUCCCUACUCUAAGAUGGAUCCCUACUCUAAGAUGGAUCCCUACUCUAAGAUGGAUCCCUACUCUGAUCCCUCUUAUACUCUUCAACAAUCCAUCGACUCUAGUCAAUAUCAGAUACACAGGGAUACAGUGCUGGGUGGAGACGUAAAUGAGAGUUUGAGUUCAACUCUGGCAGGUCUCAGAGAAACUUAUUAUGAUUACAACAUGGCCAAACAUUCAGAGAUAUAGUUUAUCCUCUUCAACCCUUCUCCUAAACAGAUCAAGAUUUUGAUUCUGGUUGGAUCGGAGGAAGGAAGAUCUGUUAAACACAAGACUCAAGUAGCUCGGAGAGACUCCUAUAGUAGGUGUACACUGUACAGGGUAUCUAACUCUAACCUUCACCAAGGUUUACAAUUUUCCACUCAAAACAUUCCCGUCCACAAGAUGGUUUAUAUUCCAGUGCCCUAUAGAUCCUGGCUCCCUCAUCUUUAUGUUAUCAUUGUACACUGUACAGUACAGUACAGUUAGAUUGUACACUGUACAGUACAGUACAGUUAGAUUGUACACUGUACAGUAUAGUACAGUUAGAUUACUGAAAUUUAUUUUUGCACUUUACUGAUCAGAAGACAGCAAUGACUAAAUUUGAGCAAACUGUACACUGUGUACAGUAUUGUCUUUUACUGAAACAGGCUUAAAUUCUCUAAACCAUAUUUCUUUUUACAAUGGUACUUUAUUAUACAAUACUUUAGUACUCUCAUUUACGGUAUUUUACAGUGCUUUAUAUUGUAGGAUUUACUGUGUAGUUACCGUAACUUACUGUACUGUACUGUACUGUAGGUUUAUUCUAGUUUAGAUUUGUGAUUUGAGUUUGUUUGUCAACAAUUAGAACUAAGUUUAAUUUAUCAAUAUCUGCCAAAAACUUUACCUCUGUUAAAAAUUGUAUUAUACUUAUACAUAUAGUGCAUAUUUUAGGGAAAUAAACUAACUUGAAUAAUGUAAA